UACAUGUGGUCAUUGUUUUGGCAAACUGUUAGCUUCAGCGGGGUGGUGUCCAUACAGCUCUAAGCACACUGCCAUGUGAGGAAAGAUUUCCUCAACCAUUCCGUUGUCUCCGGCUGAUCGAGAGAUGUCCGUGGCGAUAAAGGAGGGACGAACGUCAAACCCAAAAGCGAAGUGCGCCAAAUGGAUAUGGUGUUUGUUUCCCCAUGUUUUUCUCAUCCUUUCAUUGAUCACUUAUGCAGCUUUGGGAGCGGAAAUUUUUAAACAUAUAGAGAAUAGGAGCUCUUUCAAUGAAUCCGAAGAGAUCCGUAAGGUGGUGGAUAAAGUAAAGGAAACAUUCAGGAAUUGCACUGAGAAUUCAACGCAGCAAGAAAUUGAUAAAAUGCAAACCAUUUUAAAUGACUUUAAGGAAAAGCGGAGUCAAGACUGGAACUUCUACGGUUCUCUUUUCUUCUGCUGUACAGUGUUCACUACCAUAGGUUAUGGGCAAAUGUACCCAGUUACCAUUGCUGGGAAGGUGGCAUGUAUCUUGUAUGCGAUGAUCGGCAUCCCUCUCAUGUUGUUGGUCAUUUCAGAUGUAGGUGACAUCUUAGCUGUUCUCCUGUCUAAAGCUUACACACAGCUUAGCCAGGUCUUCGGGCAGCUGGUGCAAAAACAUUCAUGCAGCCUUCACAAGGAUAGUAAAACUCCCUCUUCUCACCAAGGACAAAGUGCUGUUGGUAACUACAAGCAGGAUGCAUUGAUCCAUGACACAAUAACCAUUCAGCAAAUGAUACAACCAAAGUCGUCCAUAAAACGGUAUGCCUCACAACGUUAUACCAACAAAGAGGUCUUUGACUGGAUUAUUGUUAAGGAGAACUUCAAGCUUAAGAGUGCUCUCACAAAAUCUUGCUCCUGUCCUGAGCUUGACCGUAUGUCACGUCCACCAAAAGGCUCCAAAUUAUUUACCGAUAUUGGACAGAAGAUGGACCGCUUUAAUGUUCCUUUGCUAGUUAUCCUGCUAGUAGUUUUUGCGUACAUGCUGAUUUGCAGUCAAAUUCUAACAUGUUGGGAGGAAAAGAUGAAGUCCUUUGAUGCAUUUUAUUUUACCUUCAUCACUUUGACCACGAUCGGUUUUGGUGACAUUGUUCCUAAGCAUCCAAAGUACUUCCUUGUAACUUUUUUAUUCAUUAUCAUGGGCAUGGCCGUUCUGAGUAUGGCCUUCAAACUUAGCCAGUCGAGAAUUGUUUGCUUUUAUAGACGUUUCAUAAAAUGUCUUAGCAUGGGGAAGGUAGGAAUGCACAAAGACCUAGAGAGUAACUGAAAGCAAGAGAGGCUUUGAUUUUUGGGGGGUUUGCUACACUGUCAGAAAUAAAGGUACAAAACUGUACCUUUUCUGUCACUGGGGCUGUACCCUAAGUUUCCGUUUGGUACCUUUACAGGAAUACAAAACAGAAUACAAUUUUUGGUAGUAGAUUACCAUACGUUAAGUACCUACAUUGUUAGAAAAUAUCUACCCUAGCUGUCAGUGGGGCAGGACCCUUUAUAAAGGUAAUUGUAUGGACCAUUAGGUACAGAUAUAUAAACAUUUAGUACCUGUAUUUUUGAGGUACUAAUGAGCUCUCUUUGGUCCCAGUAUGUACUUCUGAGGUACUAAAAUGAAAUCCUUAGGUGCAAAGCUGUACUUUUUGAAAGGGUACAGCCCCAGUGACAGAAAAGGUACAGUUUUGUACCUUUAUUUCUGAAUAGGGCAUUAAACACUACAGGGAAAGCAUGUCUACUUUCAGCACAAGCAAGUAAUGUGUUUUAAAGUCUAUAUCACUGCCAGUUUGAUUCAGUGGGUUGAAAGGGAAUGGCCCGGCUGCUAAGCUCAUGCCAGCCAAAGGUGCACAGGACCUAUAAACUCAGAAUAAAGCCAUUUUUUUUAGCCAAAUGAAAAGAUGGCAUGGGCCUUUAUACUUGAUGACUUUCACUUCAGGGCUCGUAUAAUUAGGGAAAAGCAUAAGACAUUAUGUGUAAUGCUUAUCAGAAAUUAAUAUAAUUUACUAAAUACUAAUAUAACAAGCAAAAAGUAUUUAGUAAAUGUAUUUAUUCAUUAAAUGUAUUCAUGCAAGAUGAAUAUUUUACAUGUAGGGUUCUCAUGCAUGGAAAUUUUGGGGGAAAUUGUCAUUUUGUAUUUUCAAGCAUUAAUAUGUCUAAUAAUUCUUUUUAUAUUUUUGUUUGCAUUCAAAGUAAACAAUGAAUGAAAUGUGAAGUUAAUGUAUUGCUGCAAUCUAUUUACCUUUAUCUAUUGUUGCUGUAAUAUCGACACUAAAGGCAUAUAUGCACUAUUACAAACAUUAGCUUCUGAA